CGUCACGCUGACCAUGCGGCACGCGCGCGGUGCACGUUUCUCUAGGCCGCGCUGUGUUGUGUUGCUCACCUAGGCUUAGCCGGCGAGGCAACGUGUUCUGUCUAUGGUACGGUGCACCGUCGUUAAGCGAAGUUGACAAAAUGUCUCAGCUCUACGUGCUCUUUGAGCACGCUGUGGGAUAUGGACUAUUUAAAGUCAAGGAGUUCGAAGAGGUCGGCAUGGCGUUGCCUCAGGUGGAAAAUAGCAUCCUGGACUUCAACAAGUUCAAGUCGCUCGUGCAUCUGAUGGCGUUUUUUCCCUUCCGCACUGCCGUAAACGCCUUGGAGAACAUGAACUGUGUCACUGAAGGUGUAGUUCAUGAUGAUCUGCAGACUUUCUUGGAAACAAAUGUUCCCAAAUCGCAUAAGAAGAGCAAGGUGAUUCUUGGUGUUGGUGACUCCAAAUUGGGAAUGACUGUCCAGGAGUCUCUGGGAAUAUCUUGCCAGCACACGGGAGUGGUUCCAGAAGUUAUCCGAGGUGUUCGACUGCACUUUUACAAGCUGGUCAAAGGGCUCACAGCUGUAUCCUCUUCCAAGGCGCAGCUUGGAUUGGGACACAGCUACUCGCGUUCUAAAGUCAAAUUUAAUGUUAAUCGUAUUGACAACAUGAUCAUCCAAAGCAUUGCCCUCUUGGAUCAACUUGACAAGGACAUCAACACCUUUGCCAUGAGAGUCAGAGAGUGGUAUUCAUACCACUUUCCAGAACUUGUGAAGAUUGUCCCUGACAACUACACAUAUGCCAAAACAGCCUCUCUGAUAAAGAACCGGAAGGACCUGAAUGAAGACAGCCUUGCUGCACUCGAGGAAGUGGUCAUGGACAGUGCAAAGGCCCAAGCUAUAAUCGAUGCUGCAAGAGCAUCAAUGGGCAUGGAUAUAUCACCUGUGGAUUUGAUCAACAUAGAGAUGUUUGCCUCUCGAGUCAUUUCCCUUGUGGAAUAUCGCAAGGAACUCAUGGAGUAUCUAAGGACAAAGAUGCAUGACAUUGCCCCGAACCUGGCAACACUCAUCGGUGAAACGGUAGGGGCACGGUUGAUAUCACAUGCAGGUAGCCUGACUAACCUGGCCAAAUACCCAGCAUCUACUGUUCAAAUUCUUGGUGCUGAGAAGGCGUUGUUUAGGGCUCUGAAGACUCGAGGCAACACGCCCAAGUACGGCCUCAUAUUUCAUUCAACAUACAUUGGACGUGCUGGGGCCAAAAAUAAAGGCCGCAUCUCGCGCUACUUGGCCAACAAGUGUUCCCUGGCUUCACGGAUUGACUGUUUCAGUGACUUGCCAACCAAUAUUUUUGGCCUGAAGCUCAAAGAGCAGGUCGAAGACAGGCUGAAGUUCUAUGAAACCGGUGACAUACCGAGGAAGAAUGUGGAUGUGAUGACUGAUGCAUUGGCUGAGGCACAAGCUGCAGUGGCUGCUCUGAAAAAACAAAAGAGAAAGGAAAAGAAAAAGAAGAAGAAAGAAAGAGAAGCAAUGGAAAACAGCAACAUGGACACAACAGUAGAUGCAGAGGAGGAAGAAGCACCACCUCCAAAAAAGAAGAAAAAGAAACAUGCAGCAGAAGAAGAUGCUGAUGAAACAGUAGAGCCUAGCUGUAAUGGCGAUACUGACGGAGAACUGAAGAAGCCGAAGAAAAAGAAGAAAAAAUCCAAGGGAGAGUGAAUGAGGCCAAAUUUCUGUACAGAAGUUCAGGUGUCAAAAAGUAAAUGCAUAUUUUACUUUUUACAGGAA